AAAAAGCUCUCAUUUUUUUUCACUGUGUGUUUGAGUGUGAAACUGCGUGUAAAUAGGAGCUCUAACAAAUCGAAAAGGGGUUUCAUACGGAAGAAGAAAAUUCCAAAACUUGGUGUUGCUGAAGUCGUCCAUCGCUACAUUCUUCAAAACCCUAACUUCCUGAUUUUGUUUAUUGAUUACAUGACGGUGCUAUCCAGCUGAAAAAAUAAACUAAACCCUAGUUCCUCUUGAACUCAAUUUCGCGUCCUAGAAGUUAUCACGAUGUUAUUGGCAGCUGAAACCAGUUCAGUGAAUUGAAAAGCUAGAGAGAAAAGGGAGGAAGAAGCCAUGGAAGGGGAUGACAGGGAUGUAAUGUUGGCAUGCAUAAUAUCGGGAACCCUUUUCUCUUUCUUGGGGUUGGCUUCUUUUGCGAUACUUUGGGCUGUUAAUUGGCGGCCAUGGCGGAUAUACAGUUGGAUCUUUGCUAGAAAAUGGCCAAGUUUCCUCCAAGGCCCUCAAUUGGGAAUACUAUGCGGUUUUCUAUCCCUUUGUUCAUGGCUUGUUGUCGUUUCUCCAAUUGUAGUUCUUAUCACAUGGGGAUGUUGGUUAAUCUUAAUACUUGGGAGAGAUAUUAUUGGUUUAGCAGUAAUUAUGGCUGGAACUGCUCUUCUUUUGGCAUUCUAUUCCAUAAUGCUCUGGUGGCGAACACAGUGGCAAAGCUCAAGAGCUGUUGCUGUUCUUCUUCUUCUAGCUGUUGCACUCCUCUGUGCAUACGAACUAUGUGCAGUUUAUGUUACAGCUGGUUCAACUGCUCCACAACGGUAUUCACCUUCUGGAUUCUUCUUUGGGGUCUCAGCAAUUGCUUUAGCAAUCAACAUGCUCUUCAUUUGCAGAAUGGUGUUUAAUGGAAACGGUUUGGAUGUUGAUGAAUAUGUUAGAAGUGCAUACAAAUUUGCUUAUUCUGACUGCAUUGAAGUUGGCCCAGUUGCAUGUUUACCAGAACCACCAGAUCCAAAUGACUUAUAUCCUAGACAAUCUAGAAGGGUGUCACAUCUUGGGCUUCUUUAUCUCGGGUCACUUCUUGUACUUCUUGUGUAUUCUAUAUUGUAUGGCUUAACAGCAAAGGAGUCAAAUUGGCUUGGAGCUAUCACAUCAGCUGCUGUUAUAAUUCUUGAUUGGAACAUGGGUGCCUGUUUAUACGGGUUUGAGCUUCUUCAAAGCCGUGUCAUUGCUCUUUUUGUUGCUGGUGCUUCUCGCGUCUUCCUGAUAUGCUUUGGAGUUCAUUACUGGUAUCUUGGACACUGUAUAAGUUAUGCGGUUGUGGGGUCUGUCUUACUUGGCGCAGCUGUGACGCGCCACCUGUCAGUCACAAACCCUUUAGCAGCAAGAAGAGACGCCUUACAAAGCACUGUGAUUCGCCUCAGAGAAGGUUUCAGAAAAAAAGAACAAAACAGUUCUUCAAGUUCAUCGGAAGGAUGUGGUUCAAGUGUGAAACGUAGUAGUAGUGCAGAAACUGGUCAUUUAGGUAACAAUUGGAAUCAUGCAGAAGGAAUCAACAGUGAAAAAAGCUUAGAUAGUGGAAGACCAAGUGUAGUUCUACACAGUAGUUCUUGCAGAUCAAUUGUCCAAGAAGCUGAAAGAAACUUUGACCAAAAUAGUGAUGAGUCAACUUCAAAUCAACAGACACUUGACUUGAACUUAGCUUUGGCGUUUCAAGAAAAGUUUAAUGACCCAAGAAUCACGUCUUUAUUGAAGAAAAGAGCAAGAGAAGGGGACAUUGAGUUGACUAAUUUGUUACAAGAUAAGGGUUUGGAUCCGAAUUUUGCAGUGAUGUUGAAAGAAAACGGAUUGGACCCCACAAUACUCGCGUUGUUGCAAAGGAGUAGUCUUGAUGCUGAUAGAGAUCAUCGUGAUAAUACUGAUAUUAUGAUUAGUGAUUCAAAUGGUGUUGUUGAUAACACUUUGCCUAAUCAAAUUUCAUUAUCUGAAGAACUUAGGAUUCGUGGACUUGAAAAAUGGCUUAGAAUUUUCAGACUCCUUUUGCAUCAUAUUGCUGGGACUCCAGAACGUGCAUGGGUUCUUUUUAGUUUUGUGUUCAUUGUUGAAACUGUCAUUGUGGGGCAUUUUCGUCCAAAAACAGUCGAAGUCAUUGGUGCAACACAUCAACAGUUUGAAUUCGGGUGUGCUGUUUUGCUACUAUCACUUGUUAUCUGUUCCAUUAUGGCUUUCCUUCGGUCACUACAAGCUGAAGACAUGGUGAUGACUUCAAAACCCCGAAAGUAUGGUUUUAUCGCUUGGCUUCUAAGUACUUGUGUUGGUCUGCUGCUGUCUUUCUUAAGCAAAUCAUCUGUUCUUCUUGGAUUAUCUUUAACCUUACCACUCAUGGUAGCAUGCCUUUCUGUUGCAAUUCCAAUUUGGAUACACAAUGGAUACCGAUUUUGGGUGUCAAGAGUUGACUAUGGAGGUCAAGUAGGAAACUAUCGAACUCUUUGGAUGAAAGAGGGAGUUGUACUUUCGAUUUGCAUAUCAAUCUUUAUUGGAUCCGUAUUAGCCCUAGGUGCAAUCGUAUCUGCAAAGCCUUUAGAGGAUUUAGGCUACAAAGGGUGGACAGGUGGCGACAACAGUAUCAAAUCUCCAUACGCAUCUUCAGCUUACAUCGGAUGGGCCAUGGCUGCUGUAAUUGCAUUGAUAGUUACAGGGCUCUUACCAAUUGCCUCAUGGUUUGCAACUUAUCGUUUCUCUUUAUCUUCAGCCAUAUGUGUCGCCAUAUUUUCAGUUGUUCUGGUUGCAUUUUGUGGCGCAUCAUAUCUUGAAGUUGUGAACUCUAGAGAUGACGACGUACCUGAAAAAGCCGAUUUUUUAGCUGCAUUACUUCCUUUAGUUUGCAUCCCAGCUUUGCUAUCGCUCUCCUCUGGUUUGCUUAAAUGGAAGGAUGAUAAUUGGAGACUUUCACGAGGUGUUUAUGUGUUUGUCAUUAUCGGACUUCUUCUUCUUCUAAGUGCAAUUUCGGCUGUAAUUGUCAUAAUUCAACCAUGGACGAUUGGGGCAUCUUUCCUUUUACUUCUACUCCUCAUUGUUCUAGCUAUUGGAAUCAUCCACUUUUGGGCUUCAAACAACUUUUACUUAACAAGAAUGCAAAUGUUUGUUGUUUCUUUUCUUGCAUUUCUACUCGCCCUUGCUGCAUUCUUUGUUGGAUGGCGACAAGGGAGAUCUUUCGUUGGAGCUUCGGUUGGUUACUUUUCAUUCUUGUUUCUUCUUGCUGGCAGAGCAUUGACUGUGCUUCUUUCACCUCCCAUAGUAGUAUACUCUCCACGUGUUCUCCCUGUUUAUGUAUACGAUGCUCAUGCUGAUUGCGGGAAAAACGUCAGUGUUGCUUUCAUUGUCCUCUAUGGGAUUGCAUUAGCAAUUGAAGGGUGGGGUGUUGUUGCAAGCUUAGUAAUCUAUCCACCAUUUGCUGGAGCAGCUGUUUCAGCAAUUACACUUGUUGUAUCAUUCGGGUUUGCAGUCUCUCGACCAUGUUUGACUCUCGAGAUGAUGGAAGAUGCUGUACACUUUCUCAGUAAAGACACCAUCAUUCAAGCAAUCGCCCGUUCUGCCACCAAGACAAGAAAUGCUUUAUCGGGAACUUAUUCGGCCCCACAAAGGUCUGCUAGCUCAGCUGCUCUUUUAGUUGGAGACCCAACUGUUACACGUGAUAGAGCAGGAAACUUUGUGCUUCCAAGAGCAGAUGUUAUGAAACUAAGAGAUAGAUUAAAAAACGAAGAACUAGCAGCUGGAUCGAUUAUUAGAAAGAUAAAACACGGGAUAUGUUUUCAACAUGAUUCAACAAAUGAUGUAGGUUACAGAAGAGAAAUGUGUGCACAUGCACGGAUUCUAGCUUUAGAAGAAGCAAUCGAUACUGAGUGGGUAUACAUGUGGGACAAAUUUGGUGGCUAUUUACUUCUUUUACUCGGUUUGACUGCUAAAGCAGAACGUGUACAGGAUGAGGUUCGAUUAAGACUCUUUCUUGAUAGCAUUGGUUUUUCGGAUCUAAGUGCUAAAAAGAUUAAAAAAUGGAUGCCAGAAGACCGAAGACAGUUUGAAAUUAUACAGGAGAGUUAUAUACGAGAGAAAGAGAUGGAAGAGGAGAUGUUGAUGCAGAGACGUGAAGAGGAAGGGAGAGGUAAAGAAAGGAGAAAAGCACUUUUGGAAAAAGAAGAAAGAAAAUGGAAAGAGAUUGAAGCUACAUUGAUAUCCUCGAUUCCAAACGCUGGAAGUAGGGAGGCUGCCGCCAUGUCAGCCGCCGUGCGGGCGGUAGGCGGUGAUUCCGUUCUUGAUGAUUCUUUCGCCCGUGAACGCGUUUCAAGUAUUGCAAAAAGAAUUCGCGCCACUCAGUUAUCUCGUCGCGCCCUCCAAACGGGAAUACCGGGUGCGGUGUGCGUUCUUGAUGAUGAGCCCGUGACAAGUGGAAGAUACUGCGGUCAACUGGACCCCACGAUAUGUCAAACACAAAAAGUUAGUUUUUCAAUGGCGGUUAUGAUCCAACCGGAGUCGGGGCCCGUUUGUCUCUUGGGAACCGAAUUUCAAAAACAAAUUUGCUGGGAAAUUCUCGUGGCGGGGUCCGAGCAAGGAAUCGAGGCGGGACAAGUCGGGCUUCGACUGAUAACCAAAGAAGACCGCCAAGGAGACAGACAGUCUACCGUAUCAAAGGGAUGGAACAUCGGUGCAGCGUGCAUCGCCGAUGGAAGGUGGCAUACGGUGACUGUGACGAUUGAUGCGGAUUUAGGGGAGGCGACAUGUUAUUUAGACGGUGGAUUUGAUGGGUAUCAGACCGGAUUACCGUUGCCGGUAGGGAAUGGGAUUUGGGAGCCGGGGACUGACGUCUGGGUGGGUGUCAGACCGCCUACGGAUGUGGACGCGUUUGGGCGGUCGGACAGCGAAGGGGCGGAAUCGAAAAUGCAUAUAAUGGAUCUUUUUCUCUGGGGGCGAUGUUUGUUGGAAGAUGAAAUCUCCGCCCUUCCUGCCGCCAUGGGGUCCACCGAUUAUAAUAUGCUCGAUCUCCCUGAAGAUAAUUGGCAAUGGAGUGAUUCUCCUCCCAGGGUUGAUGAGUGGGAUAGUGAUCCUGCUGAGGUGGAUUUGUAUGACCGUGAUGACGUGGAUUGGGAUGGGCAGUAUUCAAGUGGGAGGAAAAGGAGAUCGGAACGUGAAGGGGUGAUUGUGGAUAUGGAUUCUUUUGCAAGAAGGUUGAGAAAACCAAGAAUGGAAACACAUGAAGAGAUUAUUCAACGAAUGCUAUCGGUUGAACUUGCUGUGAAAGAAAACCUUUUGGCUAAAGGAGAAGCACACUUUACAGAUCAAGAGUUCCCUCCAAUUGACAGAUCCUUGUUUCUUGAUCCAGACAAUCCGCCUUCUAAAUUGCAGGUUGUGUCUAAAUGGAUGAAACCAAGGGAAAUAGUCACUGAGAAUCAGUUGGGUUCUCCUCCAUGUUUGUUUUCUGGUGAUGCAAAUCCUUCCGAUGUUUGUCAGGGGCGUUUGGGUGAUUGUUGGUUUUUGAGUGCUGUUGCUGUUCUGACUGAGGUUUCAAGAAUAUCAGAAGUGAUAAUUACACCGGAAUAUAAUGAGGAAGGAAUAUACACUGUUCGUUUCUGCAUUCAGGGUGAAUGGGUUCCGGUUGUGGUGGACGACUGGAUCCCAUGCGAAUCCCCGGGAAAACCCGCAUUUGCCACAAGCAAAAAAGGCAACGAGCUUUGGGUUUCCUUACUAGAAAAAGCAUACGCAAAACUCCACGGGUCCUACGAAGCCCUAGAAGGAGGACUAGUCCAAGACGCGCUAGUUGACCUCACAGGUGGGGCCGGUGAAGAAAUUGACAUGAGAAGCGCACAAGCCCAAAUCGAUCUCGCUAGUGGCCGAUUAUGGUCUCAAUUACUCCGCUUCAAACAAGAAGGAUUCUUAUUAGGAGCCGGAAGCCCAUCGGGCUCAGAUGUCCACAUCUCUUCAAGUGGAAUCGUUCAAGGACACGCGUAUUCCUUACUUCAAGUCCGAGAAGUUGAUGGCCAUAAACUCGUUCAAAUACGAAACCCGUGGGCUAAUGAAGUCGAAUGGAACGGGCCGUGGUCCGAUUCAUCUCCCGAAUGGACGGACAGGAUGAAACACAAACUUAAACAUGUCCCUCGGGCGAGAGAUGGGAUCUUUUGGAUGAGUUGGCAAGAUUUCCAGAUUCAUUUUCGGUCAAUUUAUGUUUGCCGUGUUUAUCCACCGGAGAUGCGAUACUCCGUGCAUGGGCAAUGGCGGGGGUAUAGUGCCGGUGGGUGUCAGGACUACGACACGUGGCAUCAGAAUCCGCAGUUUAGAGUGCGGGCCACGGGUUCUGACGCAUCGUGUCCCAUACAUGUGUUCAUAACCUUGACUCAGGGGGUGAGUUUUUCAAGAACAACAGCGGGAUUCAGAAACUAUCAAUCAAGUCAUGAUUCCAUGAUGUUCUACAUUGGGAUGAGGAUAAUUAAAACACGUGGACGUCGUGCAGCUUACAACAUCUAUUUACAUGAAUCAGUUGGAGGGACCGAUUACGUAAAUUCCCGAGAAAUAUCGUGUGAAAUGGUACUAGAACCAGAUCCAAGAGGGUACACGAUAGUGCCAACAACUAUACACCCGGGAGAAGAAGCACCCUUUGUUCUUUCUGUAUUUACAAAAGCAUCCAUCACCCUUGAAGCUCUAUAGACUGCAUCACAUACACCCAUUUUGGCUGGUUUAUUAUGGACUGGUUCGGUGGGUCGGGUUCUUUUGUGGGCCCGGGAACCGGGUCGAAGAUACUUGAGAUUUGGGCUGAAAUGUGAACCGGAUAGUACUUGUGGCCCGAGGUUGAAGAAGGUUUUGAGGUUGGGGAAUGGGGAAUAUGGGAAGAGGGUGGAGGGAAGAAGGGUUUUUUUGGGUGGUGUAUGGUGUAUGGAAGGAAAUAGGAUUAUGUAAAUGAAUAGGAAAGAAGAUAGGAAAAUUAUUGAGUUUAGAUAUAUACAUGGGGUGUUGGAAGGGAGGUUUAGUGGGGUGGUUCCUUUCGAUUUUUAGCAUAUCAUGUAAAUGUCGACUGUGUUUAUUGAAAUGAGAAAUAUAUCUGCAUCUAAUCUCACCAUUUUAAAA